GGCCAGCAGGCUUGAAUGCCUAGCUUCCCCAGCCUCCUUUUCCCCCAGCCUUUAGGGAGCGGGGGCCUCACCGCCCCACCCCCCUUUCCCUGGCUCUGGUUACAGCCUUUCGAGUUGAACAAACUUGCUGCAGGCGGAUUGGCGAUCAGGAGCUCUCCGGCUUGGGCGUUGUAUUUAUUAAUUUAUAUUCCGCGGGGCCCUUGCGCGGGUCGCUCCUUUGUAUCCGGCAGCCGCUGCCUGGGCCCGGGGCCCCGGCGGGGAGCGCGCCCCCCGCGUCCGCUCGACCCCCAAGGCCAGCACGUGCUGCACCCGCCCGCCCGGCCCGCCGAGGGGGCGGAGGCCCCGGCUUUUCUCCUAACUCACUCUCGGCCAGAAGGAGGAGCCGCGGCAGCAGAAGGCGACAGCUGCCCGGCCCGGGGAGCGCGGCAGAGAGGGGGCUGCAGCGCCCGGGCGCCGGGCCACUCUUGGCGGCGGCGGCGGCGGCCGGGGAGGCGGGGAGCGGCGGGCCGCUCGGGAUGUUCCCGGGCACUUCCUGACUGGCUGGCAGCGCGCACACGGCCCGACUCGCACGUCUCCGGCCCCCUGGUCGCUAGCUCGCCUGCUCGCGCGGGCCCGCUCUGCGUCGGCCGCACCGCGGUGGAGGCGCGCGAAGGAGACGCGGCCGGGGAUGAGCUGAUUGCGGGUGAAUACGCCGCCGCCUGGCCCCGAGAGGCCGCGAGGAGCCGCUUUUCUCCGAGUCGCCGCCCUGCCCUUGGAUUUGAGAUCAUGUCCAUUCACAUCGUGGCGCUCGGGAACGAGGGGGACGCGUUUCACCAGGACAAUCGGCCGUCGGGGCUCAUCCGCACUUACCUGGGGAGAAGCCCGCUGGUCUCGGGGGACGAAAGCAGCUUGUUGCUGAACGCCACCAGUACGGUCGCACGUCCCGUGUUCACCGAGUAUCAGGCCAGCGCGUUUGGGAAUGUCAAGCUGGUGGUCCACGACUGCCCCGUCUGGGACAUUUUUGACAGUGAUUGGUAUACCUCUAGAAAUCUAAUUGGGAGUGCUGACAUCAUUGUGAUCAAAUACAACGUAAAUGACAAGUUUUCAUUCCACGAAGUAAAGGAUAAUUAUAUUCCAGUGAUUAAAAGGGCAUUAAAUUCAGUUCCAGUAAUCAUUGCUGCUGUUGGCACCAGACAAAAUGAAGAAUUACCGUGUACAUGCCCACUGUGUACCUCAGACAGAGGGAGCUGUGUCAGUACAACUGAAGGGAUCCAACUUGCUAAAGAACUAGGAGCCACCUAUCUUGAACUACACAGCCUUGAUGACUUCUACAUAGGAAAGUAUUUUGGAGGAGUGUUGGAGUAUUUUAUGAUUCAAGCCUUAAAUCAGAAGACAAGUGAAAAAAUGAAGAAAAGGAAAAUGAGCAACUCGUUUCAUGGAGUUAGACCACCUCAGCUUGAACAACCAGAAAAAAUGCCUGUCUUAAAGGCUGAAGCAUCGCAUUAUAACUCUGAUUUAAAUAAUUUGCUGUUCUGCUGCCAGUGUGUGGACGUGGUAUUUUACAACCCAGAUUUAAAGGAAGUUGCCGAGGCCCACAAGAUUGUUCUCUGUGCCGUAAGCCAUGUUUUCAUGCUGCUUUUCAAUGUAAAGAGUCCCGCUGACAUUCAGGAUUCCAGUAUCAUCCGUACCACCCAGGACCUCUUUGCCAUAAACAGAGAUACUGCAUUUCCAGGUGCUAGCCAGGAUUCUCCAGGCAACCCACCAUUACGUGUCAUCGUUAAAGACGCCCUCUUCUGUUCUUGUUUAUCGGACAUUCUGCGCUUCAUUUAUUCAGGUGCUUUUCAGUGGGAAGAAUUGGAAGAAGAUAUCAGGAAGAAACUGAAAGAUUCUGGGGAUGUUUCAAAUGUAAUCGAGAAAGUUAAAUGCAUUUUGAAAACACCAGGAAAGAUAAAUUGUCUAAGGAAUUGCAAAACUUAUCAAGCCAGAAAACCUCUGUGGUUUUAUAACACUUCCCUGAAGUUUUUCCUUAAUAAACCAAUGCUUGCUGAUGUUGUGUUUGAAAUACAAGGUACAACAGUGCCAGCCCACAGGGCCAUCCUGGUGGCCCGUUGUGAAGUGAUGGCAGCUAUGUUUAAUGGGAAUUACAUGGAAGCAAAGAGUGUUCUGAUUCCAGUUUAUGGAGUUUCCAAAGAGACUUUCUUGUCAUUCUUAGAAUAUCUAUACACAGACUCCUGUUGCCCAGCUGGCAUUUUUCAGGCUAUGUGUCUUCUGAUCUGUGCUGAGAUGUAUCAGGUGUCCAGACUGCAGCACAUCUGUGAGCUGUUCAUCAUCACACAGCUGCAGAGCAUGCCAAGCAGGGAACUGGCGUCCAUGAACCUGGAUAUAGUUGACCUGCUCAAGAAAGCCAAGUUUCACCACUCCGAGUGCCUCUCAACCUGGCUGCUCCAUUUCAUCGCCACGAACUACCUCAUCUUCAGCCAAAAGCCUGAGUUUCAGGAUCUUUCAGUGGAAGAACGCAGUUUUGUUGAAAAGCACAGAUGGCCAUCGAAUAUGUACUUGAAGCAGCUUGCUGAAUACAGGAAGUAUAUUCACUCCCGGAAGUGUCGUUGCUUAGUAAUGUAACCCAGAGCUUUUAUAUACAUACACUUUUUUUAAUUAUUAUUAUUAUUAUUAUUAUUAUUGUUAUUAUUAUUAUUAUUAUGAAGAAUGGGAUACCUCUGUGUUCCAGUAAAAUUCCGUGACUGAAACCAAUAUGGGCGUUAAAAAGAAUUACCAUACAGCUUAAUGUGUUUGGUAGUCCUCUGGAAAACAAACAAACCAAACAAACAAACAAACAAACAAACAAAAAACUACUAUUGUGAUCUUAAAAGGGAACAAAAUAUACCAUAGGCUAAAACUAAGGCGUCACCAUCCUAAUAUAUAAAGUUGUUAUACAGCUAUUUUUUCCCUUUAAGAUGCCCUGUUGCUUUAGUGAUACUAGUACCCCUCCCAGUUAAGAUAUGUUUAAAUUAAGAAAAAAAUCAUGUAGGAUUAAUUUUAAAAUUUCAUCAUGUCUGAUUAAUUGCUCUAUUAAAAUAAUGGGCAUUUUAAAGACCCGGUAUGACGAUUUCAAUAAUGAAAAAAUCUAAGGUAGAGCUGAUCAGUCUGAAAUUUUAAGGAAUAGAAAUUUGCAUGGAAUUUUGAAAGUGAAAUGCCACGUGGAUUCAAAUCAGUGACAAUGUUUAAACCAUCAUGAAAAAAAAUUAUUUUUUUAUGUGGACAACCCAACUGUGCCACCUUGUCUCUUCUCUGGAUUCUGACUGGGCAGGAGAUCUAAACAGAGCUGGCUUUAAGGCCAUGUAAUGUGUGUUAACACAGGGGCCCGUGCUUGGUUCAAUGCUCUGCCAUUGCCAUCUUGAUAUUCUUCAUAAUAUUUAAAGAAAGGCCCUGCAUUUUCACUUUGUACUGGGGCCCCCAAAUUACGUGUAUCUCCUGGCAGGAUAUGUACUGCAUUUUGUCGCUCAAACAUCAUUCUCUCUGAAAGCAAAAGAGUCAUUGACAUCAAGGGAAGAGAAGGAGGCAUGCUGGAAGGAAGAAAUCACAUGGGGUUUCCCAUCCUUGGGGAAGUCUCUCCUGCCUCUGCUGCCACCUCCUCAGGCAAGGGAGAUGUGCCUUGUGGUGUCUCAGUAUUAGAACACUCACAGCUCUGGUUCCAUAACAGGUGAACAAAUGCUUUCUUGAUCAUUGUGAGACCAGGAUGUUAAUAAAAGUGACUGACCAGUGUGACUUUAAUGCAUCAUUUAUAAAGAUGUUCAUAGGAAGAGAUGCUUUCUGGAGAAUUUGUAAGCAAAGGCUCAAGAGUUUUUUGUUUAGUAACUUACUAAGCUUAGGAUGUCAGCAGCUUGAAUUGUUUGAAUUCUGAGGACCGCAAGGUUAUUUAAUGAGGAGUAGCAUGAAUUUUGACCUUCAAGAUAACCCAGUAAGUUAAAAGAAAGGAUAUAAAUCAGAGACUCAUUACAUGUAGAGAAAAUGGUACUAGGAUAGAAUUAUAGUGUCCCUUGUAUCAAAUGUCAACAGAAAUAAUUACAUUAGAAGCUCACAAGCCGAGCGAUGGAAGAUCAGAUUACUAUUCAUUGUUAACAUCAUUUUCAUUUGUAAUUCAGUAUUGGGAUAUAAUUUUCUUUUAAUUUCUAAGGACUUUCGAGGACACCUAAUUUUUCCAGCUAUUCAAAGGUUUAAUUAAAUGGUUUUAUACCAUAGUAUUAGACAAAGUACUAUAUAGUUAGUCCUUGGAUGUAUAUCAGCACUGUUAGAGUAAGACAGUAAAAAUGCCCUAUAUAUAUUUUUAAUUAGAUUGUAUUGAUGAAGGUUACUGGAAUGCAUUUUAUGUUUUUGUAUGUUAAUCACUUGGGUUCAUCAACUAUUGGCAAAUCCCAUUUGACAAGGAUAAGCAUUGUAAAGAAUAAAUACUACAGUAGAUUUCUAGAAAUUCAUCAUAUUUAAGGUCUUUUAAAACACAAUAGUCUUAUGUUCUUCCUAAGCGUAGUCUUACCCUGUGUGAAUUACAGCACUUAAUGUUCUAAAUCAGUAACUUUUAAUCUAGGAAAUUGAAAAAAUAUUAAGUUCUAAAGCAAAAGAAAGUAUUUCUUGAAAGUACUUGUAAAUCUAACAUUUACCUAGACCAUAGAUACUAUUUUAGGUUGUUUGACCUGAGUGGAAGUUAGGUUUGGAAGCUGGUGCUCUGUUAGUGUUGAGCAUGUAGUUUUUAUUAUGAAAGUGCUUUACCACCUGUGUGAGUGACUCAGACACACUGAUGUCAUGGCUCUUUAGAACUAGUCAGAACAGUAAUCAAAUUAGUUUUUAAACCUAGACUCUUCAAUACCUUUGAAUUAACUCAAUUUAAAAUAACAAGAAAUUUAAAAAUAUUUAUCAACUAUCUUGGAGAAAUGAGUGCUCUUUUUGAAUUUUUUUUUAAAUUGAAAGAUUAUUUCUAGAUGAAUGUAUGCUUUGUGCACAUCUCUGCUUCAGUAUAUUUAGCAGUCAUUUUAAUUAGAGAAGAUACUGUGUGGUAGAACUAAGGCCUUUUCUUUAUGGGCCAAGUUUUCACCUUAUAUAACCCUUUGUAUACUUCUGACUACUCUCUGUUCAUAUUAUAAGAGAGUAGGCUUGUAAAAUAGACGUUUCAGUAACAUAACUGAAAUUCACCCUGUCCAAGCCAGCAUGGUGGCUUCAUAUUGGACAGUAACAGAAAACUGAAGAAUUGGAUAAAUUUAACUUCUAAGACAGCUGAACUUUUCAAUUGUAAUUUUAAAAACUACACUACACUGACAUAGUUAAUUAGAAAAAAAUUUUCCUCAAGAGUACUUUAUUUUAUUUAAAGCAUCUGUUUAAUUCAAUCUUUAAUAAUUUUGCUAAGAAGGGUAUGUGUGUAUUUUAAUAUAGCCUGACCUGGAUUUAUAUGUUUUUAGUUUUAGUAUUUAACAUUUUGUAACAAAUAAACUUUUUUUAAAACAA